GGGCCGUCACUCCAGCGCUGCCAUGUCGUCCGACUUCGAAGGUUAUGAGCAGGACUUCGCGGUGCUCACCGCAGAAAUCACCAGCAAGAUUUCGAGGGUCCCUCGGCUCCCGCCCGAUGAGAAGAAACAAAUGGUUGCGAAUGUGGAGAAACAGCUUGAAGAGGCAAAAGAACUGCUUGAACAGAUGGACUUGGAAGUCCGAGAGAUACCCCCCCAAAGUCGAGGAAUGUACAGCAACAGAAUGAGAAGCUACAAGCAAGAAAUGGGAAAACUGGAAACAGAUUUUAAAAGGUCACGGAUCGCCUACAGUGACGAAGUACGGAAUGAGCUCCUAGGGGAUGAUGGGAAUUCCUCCGAGAACCAGUUGAUAAAAUUACGUGAAGAGAGGGCACAUCUGCUCGAUAACACAGAGAGGCUGGAAAGGUCAUCUCGGAGACUAGAGGCUGGAUACCAAAUAGCAGUGGAAACCGAACAAAUUGGCCAAGAAAUGUUGGAAAACCUCAGUCACGACAGAGAAAAGAUACAGCGAGCACGUGAAAGACUUCGGGAAACAGAUGCGAACUUGGGGAAAAGCUCCAGAGUUCUAACAGGGAUGUUGCGAAGAAUCAUCCAGAACCGCAUUCUGCUCGUCAUCUUGGGGAUCAUCGUGGUCAUCACCAUCCUGACAGCGAUCACCUUUUUCAUCAGGAGACACUGAUGUAUCUGUUCUCCCCCGAUGAACAUCAGCCUCGGUGUGUUCUAGUAAUUAAGACAAACUGGUCGCAUGAAUCAUUCUCUUUUGCUGACAGGCCCUGGGUGACCUUCUCUCUCCCUCUCCACCGCUCAAGUGCAAAGAGUGUGAAAAUAUUUUCUAUUCCUGUUUGCAUGGUUUUCUUUUCUAGGUUUGUCUUCAGCCAGAUUUGGGUUUUAUAGGCAAAGGUGAAUGUUUAUUUGUCAUUUGGUAACUUCAUCUAUUGUCCAAAAUAGCCUCAAUGAGCUCUUUCUUGCCCUGUGGACAUGUCAGGGGUCAUGGUUUCAGAGGGCCUGAUGAGUCAGUCAUGGGAGCUUCUGUUUGUCGUGAACUUCUUGUCACCAAAGUCCUUCUGUGGGGCCCAAGGAUAAAAAUGCAAAGAUGAUCAUGGGAGGGACAGAGGCAGCAAGCAGCUCCAGCAAGCCACCAGUCCCUUCCCCGGCAUAAGGCACAUGCCCAGAUGCUUUUAUUGCAGAAGAGGGUAUUUAAUGUCACUUGUACAGGAAGUUGGUUUAGCAUUUUCCCUGUUUUUCUAUUGCAUAAUUUUUUAAACUGGAGAAUAUUUUUUGCUGAAUCUGCCCAGUACCCACUGUUCACAACUCCAGUUACUGGCUUCAAGAAAUAUUUCCUUGCCUUUCCCAAAUCCCAUGCUCCCCGAUUUGUUGGCAGAAUGAGCCCUGGCCCAGCGUUUAGUUGUGACCCCAUCUUCCCUGACCUGUGUGAGCAUCUCUGUGUCCUUUCAGUUUUAAUAUUUGCACUGCCAAAAGCAGCCCUCAUACAUGCAAAAGGUCUGACAAGGUUCGCUCCACGUCCAUUCUAGUAUGUAAAGAGAACAUGAAUAUUUCAGUAAGAACAAGAACAUGACUCCAUCUGUUCGAAAUUUCCAAGGUGAUUAUAAAUAUGGGCGAGUCCUAUAGGAUGUUCUACUGGACAGAAACUUUAUGGAAAAUGUUCACUAACCUCCGUUCAAAGGAAAAGAUUUGAAGGGUGUUUUAGAAGGGCAACUUGGGUUUUUUACUAACAAAUGUUAGCAAGGCCUUCCUGAUUCACUGUGUAUUCAAACCUCUAGUGUGCUCUGUGAUUUUUCUUUCUGUCUGUCUGAGGUAACCGGGAAUUGUGUUCAAAAUGAGUUCUUUUGGGAUCCAGCUUAAAAGUUGCCCAAGCUGAGGUCGUUUUCCCCCUAGUUAUAAAGUAAAAUAUGUUUUUCUUAAGACAUUGUAGCCACUUACGGGUUCUGUACUGUCUUUCAAAUAUAAUUGGAAGUUCUGAAUUCUUGAAAACAAACCUGUUUUCUUCAUAAAAAAUGCUAACCACCUGUGCCCAUGGACCAAGAUCCCCUGAAUGCAGCUCUUGAUUUUUUUUUUUUUUUCUUUUCCAACUCAGAGGAGAACCAUUUUGGACAGAGGAAAUGCAGAAUGCAAAAUCCACCAGAGAAAUCCUGCUUAUCGAAACAGGCCAGGGCCUGCGCGUGCUCAGAUAAAUCAUUUAGUGUUGCGUAAAUAAAGCUCCAGCCUUUAUGUCAGAG